AUGGUGAUGUUGAAUGACAUGCAAGAAAAACAAAAUAAAUUAUCAACUGAUCAAUCAAUUGCAACUUCAUCUAGUCAUGAAUUCAAACAAAUUUAUGAAACACUAUCAGUAUCAAAUGAAGUAUCUUUAAAUAAUUUACAACAGGCAUUAACCAACAAUAGCACUUUAUGUGACAAAACUGUAAAAAUGUUGUCCUUAAUUGGAGGAGGUGAUGUUAAAGAGUCAUUGAGGUGCAUAUUGAGAAAAUUAUUAUCAAAUGAAUAUGCUAAAACAUUCAGCUACACUGGUCAUAAACAUUCCAAAACUGCAUUUAAUUAA